AUGGCUGUUACAACAGAAAAUGGUUCAAAAAGUGUUAAAAAAUCCUUCGAAUCUGUAAACAAUAUUUUUGGUAAUUUGAACUUCAAUAAAACAUGCAGUGUUGUUUUAGAAAAAUACGUUAUCCCGGUACAAUUGAAAAAAAAACGAGGUAGACCUAAGAAACUCACAAAUAAAAAUAAAACACGAAAUGUUUUAGAUAUGAGUAAAGUAAAUGCAAUGUUAUCAAAUUCAACUGUCUCCCAAAAAAACAUCGAAUAUACUGGAACUCCAGCAAUUAUUAAAAGACGUCAGGGUAGAUCAAUUACUUUGAACAAGAGCAAGAAAAAUGUAGCGAAGUCAAAUUCUUUGAAACGUCCAAAUCCCAUAAAUACUGGAACUUCAACAAUUGUAAAAAAACCUCUGCGCAGACCAAGUACUUUAAACACGAGGAAAAAGAAUUUAGCCAAUUCAAAUUCAUUAAAAGGCCCAAAACCCGUAAAUACUGGUAUACCAAUAACUUAUAAAAAAAGUAAAGGCAGACAAAUUACUUUAAAAAAGAACAAGGGAAUUACAACUAAAUCAAAUUCAUUAACUAGCAUAAAAAUUGAAGAUUCUGCUACACCUAUAAUUCUAAAAAGAGGUCGGAGUCGACCAGUUACUUUAGAAAUGAGCAAAGAAAGUUCAAGGGAGUUAAAAUCAUUAACUGGUCUAAAGACCGCAGAUACCGGUAAACUAACAGUUGAAAAAAGAAGGCGAGGCAGACCUGUUACUUUAGAUAGGAGUAAGAAAACUUCAAUUGAAUUAAAUUCAUUAACUGAUUUAAAGCCUGAACAUACUGGUACACGAAAAAAUGAAAAAAGACUUCGGGGCAGAAAAAUUACUUUGGAUAACGGCAAAGAAAAUUCAACGGAGUUAAAUUCAUUAACUGGCAUAGAGCCAGAAAAUAAUAGUACACCGACAAUUGUCAAAAGACGACGGGGCAGACCAAAAACUUUAAAUAAGAGUAAGAAUAAUUUAGCCAAGUCAAAUUCACUAACUGACCCAAAAAUUGUAAAAAGAGGUCGAGGUAGACCUAAGAAAAGUGAAAUCUUAUUAAACAUAAUUAAAAAACCUCAAAUAAUAUCAGAUACAGUUACAACAAAAAAAAGGAAAAAUGGUACUCAUUCUGGUGUUCAAAAAUAUAAAAAAAAAAUUGCAACACUUGAAAAUGAUAACGUUUCCAAAGAAGGUGUGAAGACUAAAUUUCAUAUUUCCAAAAAUAAAAAGUCUAGGGGUACAAUGUUAACUAAUGCAAGUUUAAUAUCUAAUAAUAAGUUUGGAACUAUAGAUCAAUUAAAAUGUGUAACAUUGGAAAGAUUUGAUAAUCCAGAGUUCAUAACUACUACACAAAUUAAGAUAGAACCAGAAGAAAAUAUAUAUAGUGAACUGAGUGAUGUAAAUUGGAACUUCAUUCCUAUACGUACAAGGACAAAGAGUAUAAGUAAUGAGCCUACUAAGAAACGUAUUCGACGGAAUUCUCUUCCUAGCAAUUUUGGAUGUAAUGACAGUUUAUAUAAAUUAAGAUAUGAAAGUUUUAUGAAACCAUGGAGUAGUGUUGGAAACAUAGAAGUUGGGCCACAACCUCUUUUUGAAAAAUGUUUUUGGCGAGAACUAAAGGUAAUAUAUAGAAAUAGAAUAAAACGGGUUAGGAGUUUUCCAGAUUGUAAGUUAUUAGAUUCGAAUCACUUCAGGUAUACAAUGGGGCAAAACCUUACAAGUAUAAUCGCUUCUCUAUAUUAUGAAAAUGAUGACAAUAUUGAUGAUUAUGACUUUCAUUAUGAAGAACGUUUUAUUCUUGAACCUCAUGAUGUACUUCAUCAAAAACUUCAUAAUGGGCAUCCACAUGAACGUCCUCAAGAACAUAAUAAUGAUGAAGCUCAACAUGAACACCUUGAUGAACAUCAUCUAGAACAUAAAAAUGCACGUCAAUAUGAAUGUCAUGACGGACCUCAUCUUGAACGUGACAUUAGACGUCAUAAUGAACAUCACAAUACACUUCAACAUGAACAUCAUGAAAGUCGUCUUGAACGUGAUGAUGAACGUAAUUAUUAUGAUGAAUAUCGUGAUGACCGUCAAUAUGAACAUCAAGUUGAAUGUCAGCAAGAACGUCACGAUGAUCGUCUUCAUGAACACGAUUAUGAACGUCAAGAACUUUAUCAAGAACAUCAAAAUGAUCGUCAAUAUGAAUAUCAAAAUGAAGGUAAUUUAAGACAUUGUAAUGAAAUUAAUCGAGAACAUCACGAUGAAUGUCAUCAAGAUAAUUUUGUUGAACAUCUUGAACUUCACGAUGAACGUUAUCAAGAACAUCAUCUUAAACAUCAUAACGAACGUCAUCAACAUGAUAUUUAUGACCGUAGAUAUCGAUAUCGGUCAAAAAGUAUGCCAAUACUAUGCGAGGAAAAAAUAGACAAAAUAAAUAAAAAGUAUAGCAGUCUAUCAAAUUUGAAUAUUUACAGCUGUACAAAUAAUAUAUCAUCUGCUGAUAAAUGUGAUUUUAAUAUUAUUUGUGAAAAAGAAAAGAAACAAGAAGCUGAAGCAGAAGAAUGUGAGAGCAAGUUUAUCAGACGCUCCAAAAGACUACACACUAAGUUAAAACGUUCAGAUAUGUUAGAAGAAGAACAUUUUUUGAUAUCUGAUGAACCAACAAUUGAUUAUUUAUCGGUAGCUGAACAGAUUCGGCAAGAAAAUGAAAAACAGCUCUCUGAGGCUAGAAAAAAUGAUCCAGAUUUAGACAACAAAUUAAAAAAAUUGAAUUUUACAUUAAUUUCCAACAAUAUGUUCAGGCCUGUUAGGUAAGUUAUUAUAACAGUGAACACAUUAUUAAAAGUUUUAAUUUACUACAAAGCCUACUUAAAAUAUGUUGAUAUUAUUAUGAUAUUUUAGAAUAAAUACGAGUGAAUAUUCAACAGCAGAAGCACAAGAAUUACGCAAAUUAAAACACAGGUAUAAUAUCAUUUUUAAAUUGCAUAUUAUCUUAACAACUCAGCAAAAACUCCGAACUUGUUUUUUCUUUUUUUCUGUAACCAAUUCUACUUUAAAUCUAAUUCUAAUCAAAAACUUUUUAGGAAAAUAUAGUAUUCUGGAUCUAAUUAGUGCAUUGCAAGGUCAUUUUCUGAAUUUUCUUACAUUUAUUCCCCACAGUUUUUGCUGACAUAUGAUAAAUUAAUUAGCAGACUAUAAUAUAAACAAUUAUUAAGCUUACAAAAUAAUCAUUUUUUUUUGUUCAGCUUUUUAAAAAUGUCUUCUAUGAAUAUGGUAGAUUAAAGAUUUAAUAUUUUUGUUAUAGGACAAUUCUCAAUUCUGAAACAUCAUAUAUGUGUCAUUGUACAUAUACAAGAAAAGACUAUUUAGAAAGAAAGCCUGGAUGCACUUCAGAGUGCAUUAAUCGUAUAUUGAAUAUUGAAUGGUAGAUAUAAUAUUGUUUUUAUUUAAUAUAUUUUAUAAAUAAUAAUUGUAUAUUAAUUUGUUUAGUGGACCUAAUUGUUUAUUAAAACGUUUUUGUACCAACAAACAAUUCCAAAAUAAACAGUUCAAACAUACUGAAGUUCGUAGAACCUCAAAUAAAGGUUAUGGAGUUUUUGCCCUUGAAGAUAUACCAAGGUAAAAGUUAAAAAGUUUCAAAUUGAAUGCAAUCUGUGUAUAUACCAUUUGAUUACUACAUAUUUUAUAAUUUGACAAAAUUAAGUCCUCAAAACUAAAAUUAUUUUUAUGAUUAAUUAAUCAUCUUUGUUCUUCUAUUAUUAUUAUUAUUAUUAUUAUUAUUAAACUAUUUAAUAUUAUUUAUUAAAAAUAUGCUAAUAAUAAUAAAACUAUCAAAAAUCAAUAGGCAUUAAUAAAUUUAGUAAUUUUCAAGUUCUUAAAACUUUAUGGCAAAAUUAAAAAAAUUAAUUUCAAAAUCAUAUUAUAUUUUGAUUUCUCUUUAUAAAAAGAAUAUUACAAAUAAUUUGUUAUUAUAUAUUGUCUUAUUGCAUUCAAAUAUUACUUAUAAGAAAAAAAAAAAAAUCUAAAAUGUAAACUUUGUAUAGUGGGGCAUUUAUUGAUGAGUAUAUGGGUGAAGUAAUUGGACAGCAUGAAAUGAUUAACCGAAUGAAAACAAAAUUGUAUUUAAAUAAUAAUUAUAUGGUUCAACUACAACAUGAUGAAAUCAUAGAUGCUACCAGAAAAGGCAACAUCACUCGCUUUAUAAAUCAUAGUUGCAAUCCAAAUUGUGUUGCUGAAAAAGUAUGUGUUUGUAACAUUAUUUAAUUAAUGUUAAUUUGAACAAUAUGAUAGUAUUUAAUAAAACAUUGUUUUAGUGGAAUGUAUUAGGAGAGUCACGAAUGGGUUUCUUUUGCAACAGAUCAGUUAAAACUGGUGAAGAGAUAACUUUUGACUACAGCUUUGAAAUAUUUGGGUAUUUUACCUAAUUUAACUUUUUUUAACUUUAGGCGUACAAAAUAUUUUAUUGUUUUUAUUAUUAUUAUAGAGGUGGACCUGAACAAAAAUGUUUUUGUGGCUCUAGUAAUUGUCGUGGUUAUAUUAGUAAAAAGUCUAAAGCAGGAGAUCAAAGCAGUUCUGAUGAAAGUGAUGAAAAUGAUGAUAAUUGUCAAGCCACAAAAUUAGAUGAGUGUGUGGAGAAGAAAAAAUUAAUUAAAGUAAAAAGAAUUAGUAACAAAGAUAAAAAACGUUUAAAAGAGGUGAGAAUUGCAUUAUUAUUUUAAAAUUAUUUAAAUUAAUAUUAAUUAUUUGUAUUUUUUAGCUUGAUCAACAGCUUACAGAUAUAAGUAAAUUAAAAAAUAAAAACCGCUCUGAUUUGGAAAAUUCUACUUUAAAUCUAAACAAAUUGAUGGUUCAUAUUACAGACUCAAUGAGUCGGUCACAUAUUUUGAAAUUUAUACGAGAAAAUGAUUUAAACUGUAAAAGAUUAUUCAUGAACUAUAAUGGACUAAGUAUAAUUCAUAGCUGGAUGUCUUCAAAUAACAAUGAACAGCUUAAAUUAGAAGUAAUGAAUUACAUAAAUAGUAUUUGUAGAAAAAAAAUUAAAUGUUUAAAAAUAACCACUCUUAUUUCAGAUUAUACAAACUCUUUCAGAACUUCCUAUUUCAAAUAGAAAUACAAUAACUAAAUCAAAAGUUUUAGAAAUUGUAGCAGAGUGGGCUAAUAUUCCAAAAAGUGUAAAAGAAGUUAUUGAAAAGUAAAUAUAUUGUAUUUGUAUUAUAUACUAUGAUAAACUAAUGAUUAUGGUUUAAAUUUUAAUUUAUAUACAUAUUUAUACUGUAACUUAAUAAAUUAAUUUUAGAUUAUUUUUUAAUUAAAAGUUUUAAAAAAUAAAUCAUUACUCAUAGAGUUCAGAAUUUUAUGCAUUUAAAAUCCACAAAAAACAGCUUAAAAAUGUCUAAAGAGCUCUGAAAAAAUUUAAAAAAAAAAAAAAAAAACAGAGGGCCCAGAGUGAUUUAAAAUGUCUACCCCCAACCACCUAACCAUUAAAUACAAUUAUCGAACACAUAUAAUUUUCUUUUUUUAUAAUACUUACAAUUUUAUUUAAAAAUUUAUGUUAAUAAUUUUUUUAGUAUCUGAAAAUGGAUUUAUAAGUUAGAGCUAUUAUAGGGGGGCUUUUAAAAACACACUACCAUUUUUCGUUUUUUGCUAAUUUUCAAGCCUUUUAUGACGUUUUUUUGCCUUUUGUGGAUUUUAAGUGCAUAAAGUCCCAUAAUAAAUAUACUACAUAUGUUCUUAGUUUUAUUAUUUACAUUUAUAUUUUUAUAUUUUCCAAAUUAUUAGUUUAGAAUACCCUGUAUCAAAAAUAAUUGAACAUGGUCAAGAAGUUGAUAAAUUGUUAUCUGAUGUUGAAACUGAUAAUUCAUUAGUUCAAGUAGCUCGAAACUUGUGGAAAAAAUGGAUUAUUUUAAAAAUGGUUUUUAAAAUACCUAAAUUAGAUCGCCCCAAAGAAGGUAUGAAACAACCACAAUUUUCUUCCCACUUAAAAAUAUGAUAUAGCAAUCAAGUUUAAAAAUAAAUUGUUUUAUCAUAUUAUUAUUAUUUUUUUAUUUAUUUUACAUAGUAUAUGGCAGUAAAGUUUAAAAUUGUUGUUAAAUUGGUUUUAGUUCAAUAAUGUAAUUUUUAUAGAUAUUUUUAACAGUAAUUUAAAUAUAAAUUUAAGAUUUUCAGUUUUGUUUUUGAAGCAGUAAACAUAAUAUGUUUAAGAGAUUGUAGAAAUGUCCAUUUGCUCUGCCUGUGAAACUAACAAGCAAUAUAGCAUAAAAGUUUUUUUGUUCUUUGAUUAGUACUAAGGCCUUAUAUUGUCCUUCGUAUAAACUUGUUUUGGGUGUCAAAAUAAACAUGAAAGGACUAGAUGAAAAUUUUUUCUCAAACCCAUUUAAUUACAUUUUAAAAUUUGCUUUAUUUAAGUGUUUUGAAAAAACAUAAAAUCAGUAGAUACAAUUCCUAAAACAAAUUUUUGAUAAAUUUUCAUUAGAUUAAUUGCAUGUCUUUCACAUUUUUAUAAUUAUUUUAUAGAUUUACUGCUUAUGUUAUCAGAUUAAUUAAGAUACAAAUAAAAAUAUACUUUAAUGUCUUAAACCCAAUCAAUUUAGAAUUUUUACAAUCUGACUUCUAAUAAAUAGCAAAAAUAAAUAAUUAACUGAUAACAGAUAUAAUUGAUCAAUUUUAAUUUACAGUGAACAUGCCUUCUGUUGUUGAUAAUGAAUUGUCUGUUUUACCUCAACCAAAACCGUAAGCCAACUUAGUUCAUGUUUAAUUUUUUUUUUUCAAUUAAAUUAAUAUUUUGUUAUUAUUUCAUAGAGAAUCUAACCAGUAUUAUUUUGCAAAUUCAACAACCCAUUCUAAUCAACAUGUUAAAAUAAAUCAUGCUGACAUCAAAAAUAAAUUUAAAUAUAUUAAGUAAGUUAAAUAUUUUUUAUUUUGCUUAAUCUAUUAAUAACAUUUAAAUCAUAUUGUUUCCUUAUUGGGUAAGUUUUUCUUUUCAGUCUACCUUUUUAAAUUAUCUUUAUAAUUUGAUUUAUUUAUAUAAUAUGUGUGUAUUUUAAUUAUACAUUUUAUUGUAAUAAUACAAAUCAUUUUAAUUGUUUUUAGACAUGUACAGGGGAAUGAAACUCCCAAAAAUGUUAAGACUAGUUCGAUAGAAACUCUUAGUAAAAUUAUUAAUCGUCAAAAUGUAAUAAAUCCACGAGACAAGUAAGAAAACAAAUUAUAAAAUUAAUAUGUACUUAUAGUUUUGUUUAAUAAUUGUGUAUGUAUGUAUAUAUAUAGGAAAAAAGAAAUUUUGGGAUGGAAUAAAAAUAUAUAUUCAACAUUUAAAACAUUUUGUGGAAACAAUUCUACAGAAAAAAAUUUGUAUUUAUCAAGUUCAAAUUCUGUCCAAUCUUUUAUGUCUACAUUUAAAAAGACAAAUGAAAAGCAAAGAAUUCCAACAAUGGAAUAUCGAUCAGUAUUAUAUCAAAAACCAAAAUUGAAUACAGCUCAGGAAGGUAAGAACAAUUUAAUAUUUGUUAAAACUAGUUUAUAUAUUUGAAUAUAUUUUGUUUUAAUAUAUUAGCUUAAUGUAAUUUAUCUUCAAUCUGUUAUUUCUUGUAGAAUCCCUUUUGUACAUAAAAUAUCAUUUGAUUGAAACAUUGUUGUUCAGUAUUACAUAAUUUUAAAAUCAAAAGUACAGAUUUCAUAAUAUUUAUCAAUUAUAUAAGUUUUGUUCAUGUUCUAGUUUUCAACUUCUUGUUUUUUGUUUAAUGUAUUUUUUUUAAUCUUGUUUUAUAAAAUUUUACUAAUCAAAUAAAAAAUUUAAAAUUGAAUACAUGUUAUUAUAAAUACCUUAUUAACAAUUACAAAUUAAAAGUAUAAUUUAUAAUUGUAAAAUUAUUUUCUAAUUUUCUAUUAAAAAUACUUCAUAAUAUAUUAUAGAUGUAAUAACUUAAACACAUAGAAUGACCUAAUUUCAAUAUAUUAUUUUUAGUUAAUGAAUUUGGUCAUAAAGUUCCUGCAGUAGCUGUAUCUGUUUCAACCAACAAAAUAUUAGAAAAAACAAAACCGGAAUAUAAAUACUAUCCUAUAGAAGAAAUUAUAACAACAAACCAAAAUCCAUGUUUACCACAUACUUUACCUGAUUUUCAUAAUUUAUCUACAAUUAAUUUUAUAAUGAAUAUGCCUCCUCCAUGUUAUGUUGUAAAUCAACAUAUGUCUCAUUUAUCUUCUGGAUCUAUAAUGUGCCCUGAAAAUGUUUUCUAUGAUGCCCAACAUCCCAGUAUUGAGGAACAAAUGAUUUUAAUGUCUAAACGUAGAUCAAUUAAAUCUUCUAAUAAAAUUAUAAUAGAUACAUCAGAAAUCAAACAAAGGGCCUUGGAGAAAAAUAAUGAGAAGCUGUUUCAGCGAACAAGUAGAAAGAAAAUGUUAUUUAAACAGAAAAAAGAUAGUCGAAAGAAAUCAGCUAAAAAGAUUGAUAAACCCACAAAGAUUAAAAGUAUCAGUAAAUCUAUGAUAUCAAAUUUUAGUGAAUGCAAUAUGCUAAAUAUACAGAAAAAUAAUCAAAAUAUUCAGAAUAAAUUAUUUAAACAGUGUAAGAAUAAUAUCAAAAAAUUCUAUGAUACUGGAUUAUUGAAUUUUUUUAAACAUUCCAAAACAAAUCGAAUCAAUCAACUUCCAAUUGAAAAAACUGCACCUAUACAUUUAACAUUGAAUUUACAAAAAGAAAAUUCUAAAAAAAAAGUACCAAAUUUAUCUAAUUUAUUAAGUGUUUUAAAAAUUGGAAGUAAUUUUUAUCAAGAACAGCUAUCUAAUAUAGUUAAAAUAAAUAAUUUAAAAUUUAUAGAUCAGAAAACCAAAAAAGACUUUUUUCGAACUGAGGAAAAUAAUGAUUCUGAAAAUAUAAGUACAAUUUCAUUAGCCUUGAAGUAUCAUAAUGAAAACCUUAUCUCUGAUUCUCCAAGUUUAAACAUAAAGAAAUUACUUAAUAAGCAGCCAGUUAAAAUAAAAUCUGAAAAUAAAUUUGCAUUAAAAAUUUUAAAUGGUUUAUUUAAAAAAUGUUCAGCUAUGUCUAAUGAAUUUGUUUUAAAAGUUCCACAAAAGAAUAUGAUUACUACUAUUGACCCUAACAAGGAAAUCAAACUUCAUUACAGACUAACUCCAACUAUAGAAAAUACAUUAUGUGCGAAAUUAAAUAAUGAAAGUUCAGGAAGUGAGAUAAAUGUGUUCAGACAAAAUUUAGUUUAUAAAUACAGAAGUGAUUCAGACUCUCAAAACUCUAGUUCUGAAUCUGAAGAAGAUUCUGAUUUAUUACAAAAUGUUGAAACUAGUAAUAUAGUUAAAAAAUCAUUAAAAAGGAAAAGACCUUUACCUACACAUGAUUUAAAAAAUAAAAAAUUAAAUUUAUGUGUGAAAAAUAAAAAUUUAAAAAGAAAUCAAAUUAGAUCAGCAAGUAAAACUAGUGAAGAAGUAGGUGAUACAAAUAUAUUAGAAAAAAUAAUUCCAAUUGUUGAUUUGUAUAAACGAAGGACAGAAGAAAGGAAACUGAAAAGAAGUGUACCAAGUCACACAAUUCAAAGUAAUGCUCUAUUACAAAAUAACCCAGAAGAAUUUACAGAGACACCUAGUACAUCAACUCAAAUAAUUCCGAAUUAUAAUGAAAUAAGACAGAAACCUCUUAUGAAAUGUUCUCCUUUUUAUAAAAUUGAAGAUAACACUUCAACUUCUGAAUUGGAACAAAAUGUUUUACAAUUGGCUACAUCUUUAAGUAUGAAUUACACAAAUCAUGUUUUAUUAUCAUCUCAAAUCAAUAAUGAAUUAAUUCCUCCAAUUGUUGAUAAUUUUAACAAUUCUUUGCAUUCAGUGAGAACCAUGUCCCGUACAAAUUUGACGAAUGACCCAAUUGUAAGAGAUUAUAUUCUAAAUACACAAAAGAAAAAGACAUUAACAAGACAUCAUUUAAAACGGAAAUAUAAAUUGCCAGAAAGCAUGAUGUCAUUACCAAUUGAAGUUCUUAAUCUUAUACCUGAUAAUCAAAGAGAAAUAAAGUAUGUUAUUGAAUUUUACCAUGGCAUGGCUACAGUUAUUGUUAAAGUAUUAGAUGCAUAUGUUAAAAAAAGUUGCAAGCAAGGUCGUAUAAAAAGUGAUGAAGAUUUUAAAUUUUUAGCUAAAAAAGUAAAUAUGUUUAACACUUAUUAAUCAUUUUACUGUAUAUUUAACUCAUAUUUAUUUAUAUGUUUAGCUCAAUUCUAAUAUUUUAUUCAAAGAACUUCAGGCCAGAAGGAUAGAAGACUUAAAAAUCACUGAUGGAGUCAAGCAGAAAGUUGAACAGUACAUAAAAAAAUAUAUGUUGAAAUUUGGAAAAGUUUAUAAAAGAAAAAAUCUGGGUAAUUAAAUAUAUUUUUUGUUUUUUUUUUUUUACACUGUAUUACCAAUGAAUUUAAAACUACUAUAUUAUAAAUUAUAGUUAUAAUUUGAAAAUUACACAUUGAGUCUACACACUGCAAAGCAUUUAAAGUUCUGGGUUUUGUAAAAUGCAUUAGAUUGAAAUGUCAUUGUAAAACACCUCUGUAAGCCAUUUAUUGUUCCUCGGUGAAUUUAAUUAUUAAAUAUUCUUCCAUGUUGUGUGACCUAUACACAGUGCUUCUGAGUUAGACCGAGUUCAACAACUUCCUAUCUUUUGGAGGUUAUGUCCUAGGUAUUGAUCAACUUCUGGAUGAUUAUUCCAUUGUCCUUCACCACCUAGGUUUAACACUUUAGGUGACAGAAGAAUGUACGCAAACUUAUAAUUUUUAAAUUAGUUGACUGUUAGUUCCAUUGAUGUCCCAUCUCUUCCAUCAUAAGUUAAUUUCAAAGUACCUGCAUUCUCCUUAUGCAAUUUUGCUCCCUUUGCAGUCCUGUUACACGCCAUGGUCCUAUCCACUGUAUGAUGUGAAUGAACACCUAACUCACCUUAUAUAAUCCUGUUGUAUUUCUUAGUUUUAAUUUCUUAAAUGUGUUAAUUAAUUUUCUUCUAUUACUUAUUAAUUUAUUUUUACUUCCAUAAUAUUAUUAAUAUGUUACUCUAGUCCAUAAUUCAAUUAUAAUGUAUCAUUUUAUUCUGCCCUCCACCCUCCUAUCUAUAGUGUAUUUAAAAUUAAAAUAACACAAAUGUAAAAACCACAAAUUACAUUCAUUUUCAAUUUUACACUAUAGAAUUAUAAUUUUCUUUUCUUAAAUAACAAAAAAUAAUUGAUUUAUCAUUUGAGUAGGUAUUCAGCCAUUAAUAUUCACUCAAAUGAUAACUCAGUUUUUUGCAAUUGUUGAAGUAUUAAUACUUUUUGACUAGACCUUUAAAAAGUUUUAAUACCCAGUAGCUUGUUUGUGAUUCUUUUUUAUGUACCUAUCAGAGAAUGGAUCAAUUAAAUUUUACUUAUUUUUUUGUAAGAAAUUGGUAGGUAUUAUUUUUUUAUUUCAUAAAUCUUCUUUUUUUUUUGUAAAUAUAACAGAAUAAUUAUUGUUACUUGUAUUAUUUAGAGUACUUAUAAAAUUAAUAGUAAGAAAAAAUUUAAAUUUUUAUAAUUUCUGUAAAAUAUUUAAGAUUCUGAGGGGAGUGAGGAUUGUGUUGGUUUUACCAUUGUGUUUAUUUUUUUUAUUUUUUUAUUUUUGAACAACUUUUUUAUCAGAAAUUUUGCUCAGAUUUACAAUGAUAGCACUUUUUCUAAAAGGAAAUCUGACUGGGGAAGUACAUUUGGAAGAUCAUUUCUUGAUUUUCCCUAACAAAUUGGAAAAAAAACAUAGGAAAAACAGAAAAAUAGGUGCAAUAUUAAACAAAUAUUAUUAAAGAAAAUAUAUAAUGCAUUUGUAAUUAAUUAUUUUACUAUAAUAUGGCAUAUAUAUAUAUAUAUAUAUAUUAGAAUCGUUUAUCCUUAGCAAUGGUUAAUUGUUGCUCACAGUUAUACAAUUAAAUUUCCCCUCUACCUUUCCAACUUCUCAACUAUCUAAGGAAUAACCUAACAUGAUAACAUCAAUUUUCACACAGAUUAGUAGAAUUUAAAACUGCUGUUUCUUAGAAACUAUUCAUUAGAUAUAAAUGUUUGAUACAUUCAAAUUUCCAAAAAUAAUGAAAUAAAGUUAUUUUGUUUGAAUACAAAAAAAAAAUUAAUUCAUAUAUAAAUAUUUGUAGUUCUCAUUCCUGUAAGUAAUAUAAAAAAAACAAACAGAAUUUGAUUAUCUUUAUUAUCUUCGGAAAUAUUCAAAGGGUAUAUCUAAGACUGUCAGUAUAUUAUGGUAAUUUAUAAAUUUAACAUAAAAAUUUUUUGUUUAGAUCAAUAAGUGUGCAAUACAAUUUUUCAGUGGCAACAUAUUAUGAACAUAAUUUUUAUUUUUACAAAUUAUACUUUGAAAAAUGUCAGAUAUAUUGUAUAUUUAAUGCCUAAUGUAGUCAAAAUUAUAAAAAUAUAUCUUACUAUAAUAUAGUAUAUACAUUUAUAUUAUAUAUUUAUUCAUUUAUUUUAUUUGUAUUUUUUAGUAAUAGUAACAAUUGCUAUGUUUUUAUUAUUUAUAAUUGUCUAAAAUUUAAUGUUUGAAACAUCACAGAAUAAGAUAGAAUAAGAUAAUUUAAUUUUAAUUAAUAAUAAUAUAUUCAUUUUUAAAUUAGUCCCACACUGCCAUUAUUGAUUUCUUUUAAGUAUCUACUAUUAUACAUAUGUAAAUAAAUUAAUAUUAUAGUUUAUUUAUUUACAAGUGGGAACAAUUUUUAUUUGAUAUGUUUAACACUAGUUAUACAUAUUUUUUUAAAGACUCGCUGAUCUCUGAAUAAAUAAGUUUUAUAUAAUGUACACACACACAUUAAUUUAUACAUGAGUUUAUAAAAACAAUCUUGUAAUUAUAUAUUAGUUUUAUAUACAUUGUAGGAUUUUAAACUUUUAUUGGCUAGAUAAAGAAAAACAAAUCUCAUGCUAAUGAAUUUAGAUUUUGUGAUGCUUGGAAUUUUUAAGAUUUUCACUAAUUUAACAUUAAUUACCUUACUAACUUUUAAUUUUAAUCCAGCCUUGGGUAAUAUUUUGAAUUAUUUAAAUGAUGGAAAUUUACUGAUUGAUUAUAAUGAUAAAGUUAACAUUUUGACAUCAAAUAAUAAUGGUAAUAAAUUCUGUGCUCAAAUUGGGGGCCCCAGGGGAAUCUAUACCUAAAUUAAUUAUUCAGAAAAAUUGUUUAUAGACAGAAAAGAAAAAGAAAAAAAGAACUUUAAAAUAAAUUCACUAUUAUGAAAUCUUAAAUGUAUAUAUGUAAAUAAAAAUUUAGCCUAGCUAUAGUGUUAUUAAGUAACAUUUUUUUCGUAAAUAAUUAAUGUUGAAUUAUGUUUUAAAAUUAGAACCUGUAGAGAAGGCCACUCUUCUCACUAGUUGUGUUGAGUUUAAUAAUUACUAGCAAUAUUAAUUUGUUUUAAUUUUUUUCUAUUUGAGCACUGUAUUCAGAGAAAUUCUCUCUCUGAAUAAAUAAGUUUUAUAUAAUGUACACACACACAUUAAUUUAUACAUGUGUUUAUAAAAACAAUCUUGUAAUUAUAUAUUAGUUUUUUAUAUAUUGUAGGAUUUUAAACUUCUCACUAGUUGUGUUGAGUUUAAUAAUUACUAGCAAUAUUAAUUUGUUUUAAUUUUUUUUUAUAUUUGAGCACUGUGUUCAGAGAAAUUAUAAUUAUUAGUGAUUUAUUCAUUAUUGUUAUGAGAAAAGUUUCAAAAUUUGUUUGUGAGAAAAUUUGAACUUAUUCAUCUUGGUGUAAACUUUUUCAUAAUUAUUUUUUUUUUUUACUAAAAUUGUUUUAAAUAACAUUUAUUUUGUUUCUAAAUGUAAAUAAUUGGCCUUUCUACCCUAAUAUUUUAAUGAAUCUUUGCAUACUUACAUAGUUAUGGUCAUGUGUUUUACUUAAAAAUAUAAUUUAGUUUUUAAGCACAUGUAUAAUUAAACAUUUAUGGAUUAAUGAAGUUUUUAAUUAAUUAAAUAAAUAUUAGUAAACUAUGCAAGUAUACUAAAUAAUAAUUUAAUAAACAAUGAGUAAUAAAAUUAAAAAAUUGUAAAUAACAGUUAACCAGUUUAAUGGUAAAUUAAUAAUAUAAUACAAUGUAUUCAUAUAUAAAUUUUUAUAUUUCAAAAACAAAAAAAGCAAAUUCUUAUUAAAACUUGACAUUAGUGUAAUAAUAUUUUUUUUUUUAUUACUAUUGUUGCAUUUAUGAGCAUUUUUUUAUAAUAAAAGUUUAUUUGCAUUAUGUUUAGACAUAUUUUAAUAAUACAAAAUAUUUGAUGUUUUAACCAAUGUACUUUUAAUGUUUUUGUCUUAAUAUAUUGUAUGACCUUUGAUUUAUAAUAAUAAAUUAUUACCUAAUAAAUUUAAUUGUAUUCAAACUAUAAUUGAUAAGAAUUUUUUGGUUUUAAUCCUACCUAUUGGAUCUUGUAAAAACAAUACUAAGUAAUUUGUAAUGAUUUUUACUUUAUUUUUUACAAUGCUUAUUUCCCUAAUUAUGUAUUUAAGUAAAACAUUGUUUCAUAUUAUACGUAAUCAUUUUAACAAAUAUAUUAUCUAUUAAUAAUUUGUUUGACUUAAUUAUUCAAAUAAAAAUUAUACAAUAUUCUUCAAAUAUUAUCAUUUUUAAAAUAAAAAAUUUUUUUCAUUUUUUAAGUUCUCAAGACAUAAAAUUCAGACUUACUAUUAACGAUAACAUUGUUUAUGACAUGUAUGUUUUGUAUUUGUAUAUUUGUUCUUAUUUCUAAAACUACAAGAUAUUGGUUGUUUUUACACAAUACUUCUUGAACUAAGUAAGUUGGUAUAACCCAAAAGACCCUUAUAUGCUAUGCUUCCUGUGGACAUCUGACAAAUGUACAAUCAUUUUUGUUCUGUUCAAUAUACUUUUUUAUUUUUAUUUUUUAUAAUUACUGUUGUCCUAUUAUUGUACUUUAAAUUUAUUUAAUAAAAUCCAAGAUUCAUUUUAUAAAUUUAUUUUGAAAUGAAAUGUUGGUGUUUAAAAUGUAUAUUAAUGUAUCACACGUGUAAAAUAUAAGAAUCAGUGAAAGGCACUAGUUAUUAGAUAUGAUAAAAAAGUAAAAAAAUCUUGAGUAAUUUGAAACAGAACAAAAUUUAUUGUAUUGCCAUAGAUAACAGACAAUUAUUAACUACUAAUUUAUAAUGAAAAUACAUAACAAUACAUUUAUGGCAUUUUUUAUAUAAGUUACUUUUUGAAAGUUAAAAUUUUCAAAAAGUUAAUAAUGGUUUAAUUAUUAUAAGGAUGAAAAGAAUAAUUUGUAUUAAUAGUAGAAAAGAAUCAAUAUCUAAUAUGUUAUAUAAAAAGUCAAUAUUUUUUAAAAUGAAUGUUUAACAAUAAAAUAAUCACCUAUGACAUAUUGAUAGAAAAUAUCAUUUUUUCUGAUAAGUAGUUACAAAAGUACAAAAUAAAAGUAAAUACUUGUUAUAAAAUAUUAUCAUAGUAUAUACAAGCACCAAAUUACCAUUUAAAAACACUGUUUUGUGCGAUUAAAACCUUAGGAAUUUUCUUUAGGUACUCACCAUUACCAUUUAUUAGAGAAGGAGAAAUAAAUUAUUAUUAGUUAAUAAUUCAAAGUUCAAACCCAGUACUUAUAUCACAGUUGGACUCAUAGCUCUAUUUCACAAUGCAAAUACAUUUUUACCAUGUUUUAUUGUGCUUUGGUCAAAUACGAUAAUACAGGAAACUCAUGUUUAUCAAUAGAGACUAACUCUGAUGUACUAUUCUUGGAUCAUUCAACUGUGGUAACUGUUUCCAAUUUUUUAUGUAUUCAACUGUAGAACAUUCAAAAUAUGAUUCAGAUAAUUUUUGACACCUCAAAUAAUUAAAUAUAAUAUAAACCUAAUAUAAUCAAAUAAUUAAUUCUGCUUUAUGUGAUUUAGUUUAAAUAUAGGUAGUCAGAUAGAUACAACAGAUUUAUUUCAGUUCAUACCUGAAUUAAUAGGGUUUUUCUUAAUUUUCAAUUUCAAAAAAUGUUAGGUCAUUCAGAUAAAGUUAACCUAUGCUGACUUGAACUUGAAGUUUAAACUUCAAAUAGUUAAGUAUUAUUCAAUUCGUUCAAUACAUUAUUUACCAAAAUGUUUAAUAAGUAAAAGUAAGAAUAAUUAAUUAUUAUGUACAAAUUUAAAGGAAACUAUUUUUAUAAAUUCAAGUCUCAAGAAAUUUGUCCAUUUUUAUAUUCAUUUAACUUUUGGCUAAGAAAUACAAUUUUUUUACAAGUUAUUUUAGAUAAUGUUCUAGUACUUUUAAUUUGAAGGUAAAUAUCACAUUGCAAAUUCUUUAUGACUUGAAUAAAUUAAAAAAUAUUGGGAUAGAUUGAAUAGUUCAUUGAAUUAAAUUUAGAGUGAAAUGAUUUAAUUUUUUCAUUGGGACUUAACUCUUGUACUAAAAAUUCCAACAGGAGACAACGAAUUAACUGCAGAUUCAUUCUACCAUUGUUAUUAAAUCUGUUUGCCAUAAAUAGUGGGUAAUCAUUAUCUAUAGAUUUGUGUUGUAAAUUUGGUUAGGUUCAUAGGUUUUUCUAGAAAUAACAAAAGGUAAAUGUAAAUUUGUUCAAUUUUUUUCAUAUUUUUUUUUAAUGUAAAUGAAAACUACAAGAAAAAUCAAAAAAUGACUGCCCUAUUGUAGUAACUAAAUCCAAGACAUUACAAAAGAGCUGUCUGUCAUUUUUUUUAAUGGAAAAAGUUAGAUUACUGAUAUAAAAAGUUGUUUGUAAAAGUGUUAAAGUUUAUACUGGGGAUGGGUGUGUCAGUGCCACUAUUAUAGUUGGAAAGUUGGGUAAGAUACAUUUGAUUAUUUAAUUUAUGACUGUACGCAACGCAUAAGUUGCCAACAAAAUGUGAUUCGGAGCGAAAUUCAGUAAAGCAUGUUAUGAAAUGCUGUCAUUUUUAAGAUUUUCAUCAAAAUUUAAUCUUAAAAUGUUUAUAAAAAAUAAAUAAAUGUAUUAAACUCAAAUUUGGUUUUUUAGACUACUAAGUAUAACUAUAUUGAACUUUGUGUUAAAUUUCCAAACAUUUUUGUAAAGUCAUUACAUAUAUAAACACAAAAAUGUCAAAUGUCUACAAAAAUAAUCCAAAAAUAGCUAGAAUGUUUUAAACAUUUUACCAUAACUAGUCUGUCUAGAAAAGGCCAAUAUAAGUAUAUUAUGAAAACUACAGAUCUACAAUUAUUUUUAACCAAUUAACAACAAAAAAAACUGUAUUAAAAAUUUAUCACUUUUUAAAAUAAAUAAAUAAUAUGCAUAAUUUAUCAAUAUACAGAUUUUGUACAAAUAAAUACUAUUAAUACUAAUUAAAAAUAAUAAUAUUGAUUACUUUCAAAAUUAUUAACAAGGCUAUAUUAUAGUCAUUGACUGUCCUAUUUAUAUUAUUUGAGAUGACAGUGAAGAAAGAAUCAUCUGAAACAAUGUUUUAAUUAUUAAACAACCACAUAUUUUGAAAUAUUUUUUUUUUAUAUGCCUAAUAAUAUACUUUACCUAUAAAUAUCAUAAAUAUGUAUAACAUUGUACUUAUACAUUUUUACUGUGGGUAUUGUAAUACUAACGUAUUAUUACACAUUACUUGGUUCAAAUUUCAAGGCAUUAAAAGCUUUUUUUAAAUAUAGUAAAUGUAUAGUGUACCUAAAAACCUAUAUUGUACAUGUAUCUAAUUUUAUCAAUUUUGUUUUUUAUUAAAAUGCAUACCUAUUAUCUACCCUAAAAUCUGAACCCACAAAUAACAAAAUAUUUAACAUAGCUAAUGCCAAAAUAUUAAGUGUAAGAUUAAUUAAUGUACUUAUUGCAUAGUGGAUACCUACAUUAUCAGGGGCGCCUAACUACAAAAAAUUCACUAGGACGAUUGACGAUUAUACAAUUUGUUUAAGACCCACUAACGUUCUUGUACUGACAAAUAAACGUAUGGAUAUUACAUUAUUAUUUAACUUUAAUUCACCACCUAUGGCUACUCAUUUGUAUUUUAUUCUUUAAUAAAUAAUAAGCAUACAAUGGCCAUAGAAGGUGAAAAUGAAAAUUUAAAAAAAAUUAAAAAUUAUAUCUCGAGCAGUAUUUCUCAUAAGACUAUUCAAUUAACCAAGUGUUGGGUCAGUUGUAUAGUAUACAUGGUUACAUUUUCCGUUCUCCCCCCUGCACCCUUCCCAGAGAUUUAUAUAAUAUCUAAAGCCAUAAGCGACAAGUCUCUAAAAAGUAAAAAGUGUAUUAUUCGGCAUUUCGAACAUUUGACAUUUUGACGUAAUGUCGUAAUGAAUCGCCAAUUCCCCCCCCCCCCCCGCUAAUAAAUUGUAUAUUCCCUUUGACCGAUGACUGUUCACAAUGCCGACUGAUAUUUCGCGCCAAAUUGUUGACAGAUAAUACAAAUCAUAGUCCUAACUUUCGAACACUCCGGUUUCGUUUUUGUAAAACGUUUAUAAACGCACAACUAUUAACCACAGAAGAGGGUUUAUUUUAUUUCAAUAAAAAAAUUUAAUAUUGUUUAAUACAAAUUUGUUUUGGUUAUUGCCUAUUGUUUGUUGUAGUUGAACAAUUUGUAAAAUCGUCUAUUAGUUUAGAGCCAAAUAGUUAUGAGGUACGAUUUAUUUUCUCGCAGUUAGAUUUCAAUUGA